CCCAGGAGAGGCGCAAGGCGAGCCCGGCGCUGAGGCAGGGGAGCCGGGGCACGGGAGAGGGGCGCACAAGCCGGGGCGGGACGCGCGGGAGCCGGCGGGAGGGGCCGAGGGGGGCUCCACCUCGCCUCCCGGCCUGGGCCCGCAGGCGGGGGGGCGGGCGGCUGGAGAUUGGCUGGGGCGCGCGGCGAGGCUGGGGCCGGAGCCCCGAAGUGGGAGGUGCCAGGAUCACUCGGUGCGCCCGCAAGCGGAGCGAAGGCUGCCACCACUCGGGCCACCUCGGCGGUGGCGGCGGCUGCAGGGGAGCGGCAGGGCGGCGGGCGCACUCCGGGGCCUCUGAGGACGCCGCGCACCAUGCAGGCGACGGCGGGGGGCGCGCGGGCGGCCGCGCUGGCGCUGCUGCUGGGGGCGCUGCAAGGGGCGCCGGCGCGCGCCCAGGAGUACGACUACUAUGGGUGGCAGGCGGAGCCGCUGCACGGGCGCGCGUACUCCAAGCCGCCGCAGUGCCUCGACAUCCCCGCGGACCUGCCGCUCUGCCACACGGUGGGCUACAAGCGCAUGCGGCUGCCCAACCUGCUGGAGCACGAGAGCCUGGCCGAGGUGAAGCAGCAGGCGAGCAGCUGGCUGCCGCUGCUGGCCAAGCGCUGCCACUCCGACACACAGGUCUUCCUCUGCUCUCUCUUCGCGCCCGUCUGCCUCGACCGGCCCAUCUAUCCGUGCCGCUCGCUGUGCGAGGCCGUGCGCGCCGGCUGCGCGCCGCUCAUGGAGGCCUACGGCUUCCCCUGGCCCGAGAUGCUGCACUGCCACAAGUUCCCCCUGGACAACGACCUCUGCAUCACUAUGCAGUUCGGACACCUGCCUGCCACCGCGCCUCCAGGUAGCGCCGCCGCCGCCCCCGCGCUGACCAAGAUCUGUGCCCAGUGUGAGAUGGAGCACAGUGCCGACGGCCUCAUGGAGCAGAUGUGUUCCAGCGACUUCGUGGUUAAAAUGCGCAUCAAGGAGAUCAAGAUAGAGAAUGGGGACCGGAAGCUGAUUGGAGCCCAGAAAAAGAAGCAGCUACUCAAGCCAGGCCCCUUGAAGCGCAAGGACACCAAGAGGCUGGUGCUGCACAUGAAGAGCGGCGCCAGCUGCCCCUGCCCACAGCUGGACAGCCUGACCGGCAGCUUCCUGCUCAUGGGCCGCCAAGUGGACGGGCAGCUGCUGCUCAUGGCCGUCUACCGCUGGGACAGGAAGAAUAAGGAGAUGAAGUUCGCGGUCAAAUUCAUGUUCUCCUACCCCUGCUCCCUCUACUACCCCUUCUUCUAUGGGGCUGCUGAACCCCACUGAAGGGCACUCCUCCCUGCCCCACCACAGCCAGCUGUGCCUUGCCCUCUCCCCAGCCCUGGGGCACUCUCUCUUCCUGCCCACUUGGCCUCACCCCUACUCCCAGGCUGACUCAGCCCCUGCCUAAGUGGUUUCAUGCAGUGUCGUUACCAGCACAGGCCCUGAGGAAUGGGCAUGGAGCCUGAGCUGUCCAUGACUGAGGGGUUCUGGGGUCCCUGGGGACUUCUCUUAGGAGCAAGGCUUUCUCAUUUGGGAAGGAACCCAGGGUUUUGGAAAGUAGGUGGAGGAGAGAGCGAGGGAAGCAUGGAGGGGCUCUGAGCAGCCUGAGGCAGAUUCCCAAGUAGAUCAUGGUGUCAGCUCCCCUCUGUUGGUGGUGAGGCCUCACCUUGAAGAGGAAAAGUCUCAGUAUUAGGCUGAGCUAUUUGGGGGACAGUUCCCUACCUCCACUGCCCACUCGUGUCAUCAUAGUCCCCAAAGGAGAGGCACUAGGGUCACAGUGCCCUCCAGCCACAGUUCCCCACCUUCCCCAUCUCUGACCCUUUCCCUUCCUGCUAGACUGGAGAGAAGCCCAGCCCAGACCCCCUCCCAGAGGCUGCUUUUUGGGGUUCGUCCCUCAGCCUCCACAUGUCCGUUACCCUGAUGGUAAGUUAUCGCCACCGCUGCAAGGCCACAGGUACUAGAUCUGACGCAGGCAAGGUUUGGUUGCUAAUGUUUUGUUUUGUUUUUUAAGUUUUUAAUUAAAUAAAAAAAAAAAAACAA